AUGCAGCCGGAAUUGCGAGAUACUUGGACACCGGCCAUCAAUGUCCUGACUUGGUUUAUGCUAAUAACAGCUAUUAUGAGCGUCUUGACACGGUUAGGAACCAAAUACUGGAUUUUUCGCAAAUUCACCAUCGAUGACUUCCUCAGCAUUGGAGCAAUAGCCACUUGCACUGCCCAGUCUAUCGCUGUGUCAAUGGCUACAGAGGGUGGACUGGGACAACAUCUGAAGGAUUUAUCUGAUUCCAGCGUCGAACAGAUGAUGAAGUCUCAAUAUGCCGCCAAUAUCCUUUUCAUCAGUAGCAUGUGCUGCUCCAAACUUGCUCUUAUGAUGUUCAUUCGCAAUUUGACGCCUGCAUCGCUCGACCGCCGCUUCGCUCUCGGACUAGGAAUCUUCAUCAUUCUCUGGACAAUCACUGGAAUAUUCUCUGCGGCUUUUCAAUGUCAGAUUCCAAGAAGUUGGGAUUACAUGCAUGGAAAAUGCUUUAAUUUGCCUGCCUGGUGGAAUUUCCUCGGCAUCACAAAUAUUCUUUCAGAGAGUGGGAUCAUUGGCCAGGCACUGUUGGUGAUUGUUCGGGUACAAGCAGAUAUUCACAAGAAAGCCGUUCUUGCCAGUGUGUUUCUAUUUCGAGUAGUUGUGAUUGUUGCCAUCAUAUGCCAACUCGCUUACGCCGGUGAUACGAAUGGAUCAACGGAUUCGUCAUGGGAUACUUGGACUGUGGUAGUCUCUACGCAAAUGACACAGUCUUUAAGUAUCGUCACAUCCUGUUCACCUCAGUUCAAACCAUUUCUCGACAGCCUCCGUUCAUCUGGAAUGAGCCUGGGAGGAACUAGCUAUGGAAGUCGCCCGAGAACGUACGCCGUGACGACAUAUAAAGCAUCUCGCGGUGGUCGUACUGGAGAUACCCUAAGCGAGACCCAUGAGCUCGUUACUAUGCCUGAGGAAGUGGUGAAUCAAACGAUAAUCACUUCUUCGCCAGAUUGCGACGCAGAAAGUCAGUCCAGCCAGGAGCGAAUAAUUCGUGAGACUCGGACCUGGGCAGUAACGGAAACCCGACGUGCAUGA